UUCGGUCGUGGACCCCUCGGCUCCGUCUUUCGUGGGGUGUUAUCGUCUACUCCAGUGGUAGUGAAGUUUUUUCGCACUGAUGAUGUGGUAGCUGACGUAGGGAUGCUACAGAAGCUGGGGAAGGAGCUGAAUUUGCUGUACGAGAUAAACCACCCGAACCUAGUGAAGAUACUCGGUGCCUGUCAUGUGAGCUUGCCACCGUUCAUUGUGUACGAAGAUAUUCCAAGCGGCAAUCUCAGUUCGUUUCUUGCUCGGUCUGAAGACAACAAGCGGCAGAUGUGGGGGAAGCUCCACCAGGCUGCCAUCGGAUUGGACUAUAUCCACAAGAAAGGCUUGGUGCACGGCGAUCUCAAGCUGAGUAACAUACUGGUGAGUCGGAGUGGCCAGGUCAAGCUGAUGGACUUUGGCUUGAAUGUGUUGCGGGCAUUCUACUCCUCUAGCCAAACUACAUUGCGUUGGAGCUCUCCGGAGUGUUUGAAGCGACGACCGACGUUCGCGUCGGAUGUCUAUUCGUUGGCAAUGUGCAUCGUUGAGGCUGUUACUGGU